AUGAGCGCAGAGGAAUCACAGAGCGCAGGCAGCGACCACCGUCCGGGAACUGGCCUCUCCCGCGCAUGUGACGCAUGUCGCCGCAUGAAGAUCCGGUGCGUGGAUCGCGCCGACCCGCCGUGCCGCCGAUGCAGGACCACGGGGUCCAAGUGCGAGUUCACGCUCGAGUCAUACCCCUCGCCAUACAGGAUCAAAACAAAUCAAGCCCGAGUGAUCCAGAUCGAGCAGCGCAUGGACAAUGUGGAGAAGGUUGUGCGCAGCAUGGAGGGGAUGAUGCGCCGCUUUGUCGAGAGCCAGGUCGGCAAGUCGACUGGCUCGGCGUCCCCUGCGUCUGUGAGGCCACCGACAACGCUGGACGAUUGGGUGUUGUCGGCCGAGUCUAGUCGGGUGGACGAGGAUCUUGGCUCCACCCGCGACAACCACGAGGAGACCGAGGACCCUGUUGGGGGCAGCGUUGGAAUCCAGCAUGCCGGCGACCCCGAGGACAGCCGGAGCGGGAGCGGCACCAGCCGCGACGAAGACGACUACCUCUUCGAAGCGUCGACCGGUGCGCCGUUCAAAGGGCUGCUAUACCGUGACGAGCGGGAGCGUGAGCGCGCCAAGCGGCGCCGCGCGCGUGGUAACGAGGGGAACGACAGCGACUCCGAGGUCGAGGCGCCUGUGCGCAAGCGGCGCGGAUCGCUCUCGCUCGUGGGCGGAAGCCAGCGCCUCUCGUCGACCAAGCAGAGCCAGAGUCUGCUCACAAGCCUUGGUGGCCGCCCCGUCGCCAGCGGGGGCAGUGGCCGCCUGCAAGACUUCCUCGACCGCGCCGAGCCGUCCGCUGAGACGGUCUCCGACCCAAUCGAGCUCGGCUUCUGUACCGAGGAACAGGGGCGGCACUUGCUCGACCUGUACUACCAGGGUGCUCAUGCCUUCCUGCCCGUUUUCGACCCGGUCACGGACACGUGGGAGAGCUUGCGAUCCCGCUCUCCGUUCUGCGUCACUACUAUUCUCAUGGCGGGGCAAAUUGCUGCCUCGGGGAGCGAACAGGCACUGUCGUUACGUCCUGACUUGAGGGAGAAGCUGGUGGCCCAUGCCGAGUCGAUAGCUCGUGACACCCUGUUCUCCUCCGUCGCCAACAUCGAGAGCGUGCAGGCAAUGGUCAUCUUGUCCAACUGGGGCGAUACGGCGUGGCGGCCAGGAAACCACCUUCUCAAUCUCGCCCUUGACAUGGACCUGCACCUGUGCCUCCCCCGCCUGGUGCAGGGCGGCAUGGGUGGCGGCAAGUCGGGCGCUGAGCUAGAACGCGAGCGGCCCUUGGUCGCUGGUGCACGCCUGUGGCUGGCAACAUGCAAAACGCACACCGAGCUGUGCUUCAACUACGGCCGGCCGAUCCUCGUCGACAUUGAGGAGAUUGUGCGCCUUGGCAGGGUGUUCCUCUCGCACCCCUUGUCCAACCGUGACGACUCGCGCUGCGUGACAUUGUGCGAGAGCUUCAGCAUUCGGCAGCCUAUCAACCGCGCUCUCAGGCAAGGCGUAAAGGGCCGCCCCCUUGACAACCUCAUGUCGACCGCGCUCAAGAAGCUGGAGGAGUGGGAGCGCUACUGGCUAGACUACUAUUCGUCGAUGGGGCUGGCGGAUGACGACUUCCUGGUCACUGAGCUCAUCACGAUCAAGAACUAUGCCAUGAUGCAGGUCAGCGUGGCUUUCCUGUCCGAAGUGAAGAGUAAGCGCGACAUCGACCUCCUGCCAGCCAGCCGGAGGGAGGUGAUCGUCUCGGCUGUGCGCGCGUCGGCCCGGCUCCUGGCGCGUGCAGCGCGUGGUGCAGAGAACUCCAAGAUCCGGCACGGAAACCGCAACGUUCGCCUCGGGUUAGCCCACGCCGCGCGGUACCUCAUCCGCAUGGCCUCACUGAUCCCCGAGUCCAUCAACUUGCGCGAGGCCGCAAAGGACGUCGAGUUGCUCGCUGACCAGCUGGGUCGAUGUACGUCCCCUUUCCGGUACUCGCUGACACCAGUCCCCGAUUUCUACUUCUCCCAGUUUCUGCACCAUGUUGUCGUCGAAGCGAGACGCAAGCGCCAGCUCCCCCCAGCUUCGGCCCUGCCCUCACGCCACCCCUCGCCCGGUCUCGAAGUCGCACCCCUCCCUGAGCCCGUCGAGAGCGUCAAGACGUGCGACUCUACGGAAUCGACCACCACCAGCCGGCUGGACUUUGACUUUGGUAUCGCCGACAACAUCUUCGCGUCCGAGGACUGGAUGAGCAUCGUCGGAGGGGUCGGAGCGAACGAUCAGCCCAUGCUGGAUCCUGGAAACGCGUUCCCUUUCCUCCCGCUUGAGCUGUCGCGAUUCCCGCCGAGCGAUGUGUCCGAGAUGGUGGACCACAGCGAGCUUCUGCUGUCGUUCGGCCAGAAUGACACGGGUGCGGUGUCGGGAGGGGGCGAACCUGCCCAGCCGGCUGGGUUUUGGCCCGUGACAUACAACUCGAAUGCCUUGUGA